CCUUGCUGACUAAAUUUUGCGUUUUCGUUAAAUUUAGUUCAGUGAAAAUUAUGAAAAUAGGCUGAAAGGAAAGGGUACUGGAUAUACUCUUGAAUCGCCUAAUGUACUUUUUACGGGCAUUACGCAUUUUAUGCGCUUUUACACAUUAAGUGCAGGACAUUUUGUUGCACUUUGCAUAUGCACCACUAAUACUGUUUUUAGGUGACACAUGUUCAGCGCAUUUUUUGUUCGGUAAUGCGCCUUAAUUGCAAAAUGUACUACUUUAUGUGCGAUAAUAGCACUUUCUUCUCUGCUCGGGCCAGCAAUAUUUAACAUUCAAAAACAUUUUAAGGAAUUCUCCAGACUACAGCUGUCACAGCUGCAAUGCCCUCCGGGCGCAGUCGACAGAGAAGACAGAGUCGAGACCGCCGGGCCGAGCCGAACUCCCGACCCCCGCUUCGGUCACUUCGGGUGGCUCCUAUACAGCUCCCGUGUGCUCCUCCGCGAUUUUUCAUUCAUUGCGCGAGAGCUCGAUAGAGCCGUUGAAUCUCGAUCACUUGUUCGAGGGGAAAAACUGCCCUGAAACUGAAACCCACUGAAACACAGAGUUGUUUUCCUUGACUUCUCCUGCAAACUGCCGUCUUUUCCCCAGUACUCUCAAGUGUCUUAUAAUCCUAUAUCGAGUUCGCGAUCUUGUGGCGCCGCCUCUCCGGGAGACCGCACAAUCACCCUCAACAUAAGAAAACCGAAGCGGACGCUGCCCCUGCAGUCGUUGGACAGCGACCCGACCCAAAUGUGCCUGCGAGCGGCCGCGACAGCCUCGGCGACAGCCCUCACGACGGCCUGCCCCUAGCCAUGGCCGCGCAAGAGCUUGUCGUGACCCUCUCCAAGCAGAAUGACAGCGCGGGGCUCGGCUUCUCGCUGCUGGGGCUGUCAGGCCUGCCGCACGUCAUAUACGACAUCGUCGAGCACUCGGCCGCGGCCGACAGUGGCCAGGUUGAAGCUGGUGACAUUAUAUUACGAGUAAAUGAUGCAGAUGUCAGCAGACUGACAACCAAAGAAGUUCUGAAAUGUGUAAGGCUGUCUAAAGACCCAGUUCGUUUGACAUUAAAAAGGGACCCAGUUCUCAAGGCAAAAGUUUUAUGUCAUAUUACAUCACCUCAUGCACAAGAUGCUGAAGAUCUGUGUGAGCUUAUAUCAUCUACAUCAUCUUCAUCAUCGUCAUCAACAUCUUCCCCAUCUUUUAGAAGCAGUAAAAUACCCCGCCCUAAACAUGGAUUGAAGCACAACAAUGGGAGUGCAAUACCCACUAGAACUUCUGGUUCCUCGGUCACAAGCCCUGUCUUGAAAGAGCGUAAUGGUGGAGAUACUCGUAAGAAUGCUGUUUCCUCUAGUGACAAAAAUGAAGUUGUGUGGGAGCCUUUAGGUGGACCUGCUGAAAAGUUGGAUAAAUCUGGUCCUCCACGUUUUGAAGCAUAUAUGAUGACCGGGGACUUGAUAUUAAACCUGUCUCGCACACAGCAGUCUUCUGUCUUACCUAAACAAAAUAAAAAAGUUGAUAGUUUAUUGCUCCGGCACCACCAUAAUUAUCAGAAUCAUCGUCACAAUUCUGUUCCAACUUCUCCUAAUGAAAGUGACCUGGGUAUUAAAGGCCACAAGUUGGAUUCCCCAACUUGCAAUUCUGCAGGCACCUCACCCGUUGGUGCAAGCAAACAUGAGCUAUUUCAGGAACAUGCCAGUUCUACAUGCAGUUCAGGCAAACUACUUACCUAUCAUAAUUCAGUUCGCACUUCUCGUUCUGAAGAUCAACUUCAGAAAGAUUCCUCGAUUUCAACUGUUGAUAUAGAUAUUGAUGAAGAUGUUACUUCAUCUCUCAAUACCCUUCUGGAUACCAAAUCAGAAAGCAACCAGAGUUGUGAAAAUGAAUGUUUUAAAAAUAGAUUUGAUAGAUUUGAAAACAAUACAAAGGGUGAUGAACAAAGUCCUGUCUUGGAUCACAAAGAAAAUAUUCACCACUGUAAAGAGGAUACUAAAACCAACAACUCUACCACUAAUCACAAUUCAAAAGAAGAACAUCAGACUGUUUUUGCUCAAAGUCUACAAUCAAGUGAUGGAGACAGGCAAAAACAGGGGUACAGUUUAAUGAGUCAACCUGAUUCCACCAUAAUUGAACAAAGCUGUAGAGCUUUUAAGGGUGAAUCUCACAAUGAGGACAUUCCAGAGGCUCACACUUGGACUGAUAGUGUCACUUCCUCCAGUGCCCACAGUGCCUUAGAACUUAUACAGACUCAUGGGGAUCGAAUUGUUUGGACAUAUAAUGCGCCGGACUGGUGGAUACGUCUACAUGGUGAUCGGAUGCCCCGAAGUAUUGAAGAACUUGAGCAGUGUCAACGACAGUCAAUGUCAAUUACGCAGAUGUCUUCCUCUUCUUCUGGGGGAUCUGACAGUACACGAGAUGGUGUGGAAUCCCCAACGUCAAUUUCAUCAUCUGUAAUGUCGAGCAACUCGAGCAAUGUCAAUCAGCAUCCUAUUAACCCUCUCCCUCAGCGAAAUGGAGAUUUCAGCCAAUCUGAGGCAAUCUCCAACAUCUCAAGCCCUGACUUCCAGGAGGAAGAGACUCUGGACAUUCUUUCUGCAAGAGACCUGCUGAUGGAAGGCAGUGAUGCAAGUGACAGUGAUUCAACUUUAAUGGCAAGCAUCCCUCGUGAUCCAGAGUCAUCGCAUCGCAUUGUAAUUGAAGUGAAAGGUCCUGAUAAAGAUGGUAUUGGGAGUCCUCAAAAGGGAAAAAGCGGUCGACCACAAAUCUAUCAGGAACUCCGAGAAAAUCAAGAUAGUCCUCCCCUGUCUGAAGACGAAAGUGACAUUGAAUCUCUCCAUAGUUACCACUAUAGUCCAAAAGGAGUAGAUUUGCCAUCUGCAAUAAGGCUUGCAAAACGAUUAUACAUGUUAGAUGGGUUCAAAAAGUCUGAUAUCUCAAAGCAUUUAUGUAAAAACAAUGACUUCAGUAGAGCAGUGGCAGAUGAAUAUCUAAAACAUUUUGAUUUCAGUAGAGAAACUUUAGAUAUUUCUUUGCGCAAAUUUUUGAGGCAAUUUAGUUUGACUGGUGAAACCCAGGAGAGAGAGCGGGUACUUGUGCAUUUUUCAAAACGUUACUUAGAUUGUAAUCCAGGCUCUUUCAACUCUCAAGAUGCUGUUCACACCUUAACUUGUGCAAUAAUGUUAUUGAAUACAGAUCUUCAUACGCAAAAUGUUGGGCGUAAAAUGUCAUGUGUUGAAUUCAUAGAUAAUUUAGCAGAACUAAAUGACGGUGACAACUUCCCAAGAGAAGUUUUGAAAUUACUCUAUCAAGCCAUCAAAAUGUAUCCAUUAGAGUGGGCUCUUGAUGGUGAUGGAGAUGAAUGUGUUGGAGACAUUCAAGCCAAGCAACAGGCGCAGCAACAGUCUGUUCCCCAGAGAGGGACUCAAGGUGGCUUAGGUAGUUUCUGUAACCUUGGAAUGAAUCCCUUCCUUGACGUUCCAAACGCUGCUUCAGCAAUAGAAUACAAGAAAGGAUAUGUCAUGCGGAAGUGCUGUGUUGAUGCUAAUGGCAAACGAACCCCGUUUGGCAAGCGAGGUUGGCGCAUGUAUUGUUGCACCCUCCGGGACAUGGUUCUUUACCUGCACAAAGAUGAGCAUGGCUUUCGCAAGAAUCAACUCUCGGACAAUUUGCACAAUGCUAUUCGUAUUCACCAUGCCCUUGCAACCAAGGCCACAGACUACACCAAGAAACAGCAUGUCUUUCGCCUCCAAACAGCUGAUCAGGCUGAGUAUCUUUUCCAGACUAGUGACUCCAAAGAACUGCAGUCAUGGAUAGAUACAAUCAACUUUGUAUGUGCAUCAUUUUCAUCUCAACCACUGGCAAGUGCUGUGGGAUCGCAAAAGAAGUUCCAGCGCCCUCUCCUUCCUUGUAGCCACACAAAAUUGAACUUGAGGGAACAACUUAGAGAUCAUGAAGAACGUGUAUUGAGAAUUGAGGCAGAGCUGGAAGAAUUACGGAAGGGGGAGAAAGAUGGAAACAGUAAUAAGUCUCUGAACGCUCAUGGCCACAAGGAAAGAGAUAUUUUCCUUCAGCAUGAGUUGAAACGAUACAAGACCUAUGCUUAUUUGCUGCGGUCACGUAUGUCGCAUUAUCCAGAAUUGGUCGAACCGCUGCUGGAUGAUAGUCGCUUCGCGGAGGCUAUUACAGAGGAAGAAAGUCCUUGCUCACCACCUUCCAACAGGUACAGUUAUCGUGCUGCCAUCUACAACUCGUCUAUGGCCGGGCCAGCCCGCAGUGGUGUGGAAAGUUAUGCUGCUGAACUUGGCUGACGUAUGCUUGGGGUGUUUUCGGCAUGCGUAUUGUAAAGACAUAAAAAAACAACAAAAAACAACAAAAACUUACCUGCAUGCCUAUUGGUGUUGGCUGUUCCCUCCCAACCCCACCCCUUUCCCAAUUCAUUUUUUCAUUUUCAAGAGUGAGACAUUGUUAGCUAGCAGCUAAGGUACCACUAAAAACUCUACCAUACUAGAUGUUGAACUUCAUCAACUGUUUCUUGACUUGUCAAAUGUGUUCUUGUUUGUUGCUCUUGUACUCAUGAACCAAAGGAAAUGUAAUUAAUUAUGUGCCAGUCUUGUGAUCAAUGAAAGUACUAUUUGUUGUAGAAUGAAUCCUAGCACAUUUAUUUUCGCUCGCCGAAUGCUGUGCCAGUGUGUGCCAAUAGUCAGCUCUGCUCUUGCCCUUAAAGUGAAGUAGUUUCAUCAGUACAUUUCAGUUUGUUAGUCCUCAUUUUUAUUAGGUUUGAGAGUGUCACUCUAACAUUUCUGAUCUAUUUAUGCAAUGUCUCUAAAGUUGUCAUUGCAGUAGUUCUUAGCAAUUGUGUAAAUAGUACUAAAUGUUGUGUCUAAUCAUAUCAGAAACUAUAUUUUGGUAUCUAAUUGUCUCUUGUUAUUGCUGCUGAGUUCUUGUGCUCAGAGUUAUUUAAACUAUAUUUAUUAGAAAAUAGUGAGUGCUCCAUUAAGUUCAAUGGUUUCAUACUAGAAAUUGUCUUGAUUAUAACACAAGGCAAUUGGGUUGUUAAUGUGGUGUUGGUGUGCCCGAGCUGGAUGUGUACAUCAAAUUUCCUCCUGUAACUAAUUAUGAUUUUAGUUGACUAUCCCUGUUAUUGUUAUCUCAUUGGUUUUAAUAUCUACCCUCUUUUGUUGCCUAUGGGUUUAGAUUUGAACUCACUUUUUGCCUUGGCGUUAUUGCACUUACCUAUGUUUUGUGCCUCCUCGUUUUCAUGUAACACCCCUCAGUUUUGUCUGACAAGUUGGUGAUAACUUCCCUUCUUUCAGUCUUAAUAAAGUUCUGGCUGUGAGUUUUAUAUUUUAUUCAAUAUGAGCAAAUUUUGGAAAGCAAUUUCAUUGCAAUACAUACAUGUAGGUAAUCUCUAAUUUUAAAGAUGAGCCGUAAAGUUUCUUUGAGCUGGAAUUUAGACGUUUCUCUUAUUAAAUCAGAUUACUCUUAAGUGUUCAUUAAUUUGUUGCAUUUACAGUGAGUUAUUUUAAAAUGUGAUAUUUAUGAGGCAAUUUGGUUGAAAGUGAGCUUUUAUGGAAUAAUUGCUAGGAGAGUUUUCUUGAUCUUUUUACUGAUAUUUGCAAUCAGUAUUGCUUGUUUGGUACUCUGCAAGGAAAGUAGAGCUAAAUUUUAAUCUUCAGGUAUAGUACUAUAAAGUUGGUCAUUUCCCAAGUAAAGAGUAAAACAGUGCCCUUAAGACACAACUGUUCAAUGGAAACAAUUAUUUUAGUGUGAAAUGUGCCUUUUUAAAGCUUAAUGUUUGCACUAACCCAUAGCAGCUAGGUAUAUUUUAACUAUUAAUGUUAUUUGGUCUUCAACAUCUGUCUUUAAUGUGUGGCCUGUAGUAUUGACAUUCAUCUAGUCAACUUUUGAUUUUUCAAGUUAUGCAUGCUUUUGUUGUUAAUGUGUCACAUCUUUGUAAAUAAUUGAGGAAUGAAUUGUUAUGGUUACUAAGCAUUCUAAUAUGAGUGCCUGCCGAGGGUAUUGUAGUCAGUUGAUUUUACCUAUCUCUUUUUUUUCUUUUCUUUUCUUUUCUUUUUUUAUUAUUUGGUAUUGGGAUCUCAUUUUUAAUGCGUCUACCAAUAAUCUUAUCUUAAGUGUUCAUUUGAUGGAUUACACUCGCAUGUAAAGGUAUUUGUGAGGUACUAUACAACAAAGUUUUCUUUUGUAAUUUUUGAUUUUUAACAGUAGAUAAAUUUCAUAAACAUUUAGUUUUAGUCUUGAAAAAUUGCUCUAAGAAUACUGUUGCAAAUUCCACAGAUAUUUGUGUAAUGCCCGCCAAAUGUACUGUAAGUGUGUCCAGGUUAUAGUGGUUUUAAUAUGAGGGACAAGGAAGAAUCCAAAAUUCUCACAAACAUUGUGUUGUCAUUGUUACUGGACCAUUUGGUGAUUGGACACCAUAAACUUAUUUUAAAAAUGACUGAACAUUUCAUUGAAAGUAUUUAAGACUUUAAAAUUCCUAUUGUAAUGUCAAAAUCUUUGUAAAAACUAUGGCUUAAGUGAGGACAGCGACAAGGAGAUCUUUAUCCUCUGUGCUUUUAUGUCAAAUCAGUGUUACAUAUUUUGAUUGACAAGUCAUGUUGUUUUUAGUUUGAGGGGCGUAUAGUGUUGGGUUCUUUUUGAGGGACAUGCUAGUAGUGGAGGUAAAUGUUAAUAGACUUAAGUUUUUUAAUGCUCAAUAAGUGUAAUGAACUACUUGUGGAUGUUGUAAAUCUUGAUACAAAAUAGGAUUCUGCUUGCCAAAAUCAGAUCAGAACUUCCAUUUUCAGUUGCAGUUUGAAUCUCAUGACACUUAGUUAAAUGGCACCUUUUAGUAACUUUGUAUCUUUAACUAACCAAUAGAGUAUCUCCAACUAACAGAUACUAAGCGACCAACUUCUUUUUUUCUCCCGGGUUAAGGCAUUGUGUAUGAAAUGGGGGAAAAGCAUGCCAGUCUUUUAUUGUCAAAACAAUCGGGGCCUAAUGUGAGAGUCAUAAUUAGUGACAAUUCUUUGGAGUCUACAUUAGUUCAAUGAUCAUUUUCAUUUGCACGUGUUACUACAAGAAAGGGAUUCUUUCCACAUUUUUCCUAUUGAAAUGCAUGAUAAAUUUCGAUCUAAAGUAUUUCUGUAAAUCUUCCAUUUCCUUUUCCUGAUUUUCUAUGCUUGUGUAGCUUGCACCAUUUAUCCAUAUUUUUAUUUUUGUUUUAAUCAAAUCCCAUUUGUACUGCCCAUUUCUUUUAAGUCUGCCUACCAGAGCAAUAAGUUAAUAUGUUUGUGCAUGCAGGCAGUAACUCCGCAGUGUUCCACCAGCGGCCGCAGUCCGCAGUCUUCCCAACAUCCUGGCCACUUGAGAGGGUCUGUGCAAUACCCAUUUUCAGAGAAACAGCAAGGUUUCUGCUUUUUAUUUUAUCGGUUCUAAGUAAUGAGUCAAUUCUUGCUCUGGCUUCUAGUCAAUGUUUUUUUGGAGUGUGCAGUUAAUUUGUAUAUUUUGAAUAUUGAGUAUUAUUUUGUUUCUGGAAUGGGAAACUGUUAUGCAUUUGAAGCCACAUGGCAAAUUAGAUGUUAAAGCAAUCAAGACUUUUAAUUUUUAUUGUUGUUAGUAUGUAUGUUUGACAAGUCGAAACAAAUAAUCCUCACACCGGUGCUAAAAUGUGUAGAGUUUAAAGUAAAGGCUAUUUGUAGAGCUAGUCUUAAAAUUUUAUUAAAGCUCUGCUCUGCUCUAUGAGCUGUUGUUUUAUGUUUAUUUAUAGUUUUAAGAUUGUACGCAAUGUGACCUUGUGUAUCGUUCAGGCAAUUUUUUUUUUUUGUCUUGCCACAGUGAGUCAACCUCUUCCACCUCAUGGAAGUGGAAGGUUAUCAUAACAUACUUAUAACCAUUGCAUAUUUAAAGUUUUAUUGUUUUUGUGCUAUGAGCAAAAUGUUGUUGUUGUUUUUUCCAACUUAUCAUUGGCAUCUCAUUUUGUUUUAAAUUCACUGUUUUACCAAAAAUAAGAUGAGAAACCAACUUUCUUCAGUAAAGUUUAAAUACAACUUUACUUUUUAUAAAAGUUUGUGAGGUUCUAUUCAAACAUUGUUCACAAAAAGUUCUCGGUUGAUGUAUUAUAAGACUGCUGAUUUAGUACUUUCAAAAAUUUGAAAAUCAAGUUACGAAUUUCUUGCCCAUAGGUAAAACUAUUGCACUUAACACUGCUCACAUUAAUUGUUCACUGUAAUUGUUAACGAUUUGUGUACUGAAAAAGUAUUAUUGUGAAGCUGCCAAUACUUUUCUUCAGAGUUGAUUUUACAGUUUAUGUAUCUAUCUUCCAAGCUUUGCUCAUUUUUGUUUUGUUUUGUUUCUGAAAUUUAGCUUUAAAAGCUUUUAUAUCUUGCUGGUGCUGUAUUUUCAAAAGUUCAAUUUUUCUCCGAUUUCCUGAGGAAUGUUGGGAAGCGUGAUCCCUUCUCUUAUUGGUCAGAACACAAUUUUGUGUAAAAAUACUGCGCCAUACUACUUGAAUUAGUCUGCAUCCAUGCUGUCGACACUUUGUAGACAUUCCUGUAUGAUUUUUGUGGGGGAAAAGGGUGCUGUAGAUGAUAUCCAAUCUUUUCAUUCCCUUCUCAUUCCUUGUGUUUCUCUUUAUUAAAUGAAACUGUAUGGAAACCAUUUUGAAUUCAGAUUUGUAGUGUCACUAUGGGAUGUAAAUGGGAUCAAAAUGCUGCACCUUUUUUUUCUUUUACUUUUUAAGUAGUCAAAAACUUUCAUCUCCCUUUUCAUUAAUUUUUAGCAUUUUUCUUUAGGUAAUCAGUCACAGACUGAAAUCUUGUUCUUAGUCAUUGCCGCUUUCAUAUUUUUGUGUGAUUGUUAAGGGUGUUUGAAAUGUUGUAAAUUUAGAAUUGAAAUUUAACCUUGAGGAUUUAAUGUUACUUAGCCUCUGAACUAUGUGAUGGAUAUCUAAGACUGUGCUUGUGUUACAAAGCAUUGAUGGUUCGAAGAUCACACAUUAAUUAGGGAGCAAGUCACAAAUUUUGUUUUUAUAUUCUAACAUCAAAAUUUGUUGAUUUUUGUUAUGUGGUCGGUCAUCAGCUAAUGACAUCAGAAUGGCUUUAGACAAGCUGUCUUGAAGUGUGUAUUUCACUGAUGUGUUAAGUGUUUUCUCUCAUUCCUACACGGAGGUGCGCAAUGAGUAACUAAUUUGUAAUUUGUAAUAUUCAUUUGAAUAGAAACCUGUUCCCUGCCGGUUAUGAGCAACUCAAUAUUUAUUAUUCAAAUAAAGAUGUUUGAGCCAUUA